GCGGCAAUUGAAGGCAGAGAACAGAGGCGUGUGGAAGCUGCCUUCCCGGCGAGCUCGGCCCAGAGGCGAAUCCGGCCGAUGACAGCGGGCUCGGCGCGGGCUGGCGCAGGCGAGCCUGGCUGAAGGGGACGCGGAGCGAGCGAGGCGGGAGCGGGGCAGCGGCUUCCCAGAGACCGGCCCUGCCCUGAGGAGAGCGGGAGUCCCGGCCGUGCUGCCCCCACCCGCCGCGGGAAAGUUUGGCGCCCGCCCGCCCGGCGGAGCGGAGUUGUCGCUGGGUUGGUUUGUUUGUUUUUCCCUUCCCUUCUCCCCCUCUUCCGCUCCUCCGCCGGCCGCCGCUCCCCCCCGCCUCCCCGGCAGCCGGCCCGGCGCCCAGAGGAAACGCCGAGGGAAGCAGGAACAGAGGAGCCAGGCUUCAGCCCGGACCCGGGAGCCUCCCGAACGCCCGCCGCCAGUCCUUCUCUUCCCCUCUUCCCGGCCGUGUGGUGUGCGCGGGCAGGGGGACCUGGGUCUGCCGUUCUCUUGGAUUUUGUGGGGGUUUUGUGGUUUUUGUUUAAGCCCUUUUUUUGGCCGCCCGCUUCUUCUUCCGCUUUAAUAUAUGCUUCUGGAGUGCGACGUCCCCCCGCGCCGCCUCACCGCCCAGCCAUGUCGGCGGCCAUCUCUGCCGCGGAGAAAGUGGAUGGCUUCACACGGAAAUCGGUGCGCAAGGCUCAGAGGCAGAAGCGCUCGCAGGGCUCCUCGCAGUUCCGCAGCCAGAGCAGCCAGGUGGAGCUCUCGCCGCUGCCCCAGCUCAAAGAUGCCACCUUCAGUGAGCAGCAAGAUCUUUUUUGUCAGAAGUUGCAACAGUGUUGUGUCCUCUUUGACUUCAUGGACUCUGUUUCAGACCUGAAAAGCAAAGAAAUUAAGAGAGCAACACUGAAUGAACUGGUUGAAUAUGUUUCAACGAAUCGUGGAGUGAUUGUUGAAUCAGCUUAUGCUGACAUAGUGAAAAUGAUUAGUUCUAAUAUUUUCAGAACACUUCCACCUAGUGAUAAUCCAGAUUUUGAUCCAGAAGAAGACGAACCAACUCUUGAAGCCUCAUGGCCCCACAUACAGUUGGUGUAUGAAUUCUUCCUGAGGUUUUUGGAGAGCCCGGAUUUUCAGCCUAGCAUUGCAAAGCGGUAUAUUGACCAGAAGUUUGUACAGCAGUUGUUGGAGCUCUUUGAUAGUGAAGACCCACGAGAACGUGAUUUCCUAAAGACAGUUCUUCAUCGAAUCUACGGGAAAUUCCUCGGUUUGAGAGCAUUCAUCAGGAAACAGAUCAACAACAUUUUCCUCAGGUUUAUAUACGAAACAGAGCAUUUCAAUGGUGUUGCUGAACUCCUUGAGAUAUUAGGAAGUAUUAUCAAUGGCUUUGCACUGCCACUGAAAGCAGAACACAAACAGUUCCUUAUGAAAGUUCUGAUUCCCAUGCAUACUGCAAAGGGAUUAGCUUUGUUCCAUGCACAGCUCGCCUAUUGUGUUGUACAGUUCCUGGAAAAAGAUACAACUUUAACAGAGCCUGUCAUCAGAGGACUGCUCAAAUUUUGGCCAAAAACGUGCAGUCAGAAAGAGGUCAUGUUUUUAGGUGAAAUUGAAGAAAUCUUAGAUGUAAUAGAACCGACACAGUUCAAAAAGAUAGAAGAGCCUUUAUUUAAGCAAAUAUCCAAGUGUGUGUCAAGUUCCCAUUUUCAGGUUGCGGAAAGAGCUUUGUACUUCUGGAAUAAUGAAUAUAUCCUCAGCCUGAUCGAGGAGAACAUUGAUAAAAUCCUACCCAUUAUGUUUGGCAGUUUGUACAAGAUUUCCAAAGAACAUUGGAAUCCAACCAUUGUGGCACUGGUGUACAACGUGCUGAAAACCCUGAUGGAAAUGAAUGGCAAGCUUUUCGAUGAACUCACAAGCUCGUACAAGGCAGAAAGACAAAGAGAGAAAAAGAAAGAGUUGGAACGUGAAGAGCUUUGGAGAAAGCUGGAGGAGUUAAAGCUGAAGAAGGCGAUGGCAGAGAAGCAGAACAGCUCCCACACCGUGCUCAACGCACACAGCACAAGUGCCAAGUAACAGAGCCGGGCGCCCCUGCUCGGCAGACACACACUUUUGUACCCUUUUGAGAUACGUAAGGAUUUGCAAGAGAAACCUCAUCAGUAUAACAGCAGCAGCCACUUUUAUUUCCCUCUGGCAAACGUAAAGAUCUGAGUUUCAAUACAGCAGUUAAGUGAUGUCGUACCACAGCAUAUUGUAAACCUGUCUGAUUAUCGGUAUCCUGUCACCUCCAGCGUUUCCUAGGCCUGAAUUAGCAUCCUUUAAUGAGUGAAAUUCUUCCGGGAGUGGUGAGAAUUAUGACUUGAAUUUCUGAUUGUGUUGCACAUAGGUGGUAGAGUUUGCUCUGUACACAUUUUUCCUUGUUUUCUAUGUGCUUUUCACAUCACUGCAUACUUUGGUUAAGACAAUAGGAAAGGCUUCUAGUUGUGCUGUAUUUUCUCAAAUAAAACCAAGGUACGUUACCAGUAACUCGAGAUACUCGGUAUGUGCCCCUGGCAGCAGGAGCUGGGAUACAGCGCUGUCCUUGCAGUCCUGACGGGAUUUGGAUCCAGAUUUAUCCAAUGCUCAUGUUAGAAUGAGGCAAUGUAAGGAGGGAAGGUCAACUACACCAGGUUCAGUGCUCUGUGUGUCUAAGCUCCCCAUUCGUGAGUGCCUCCACCCUGGUUUUGCUGCCUCCUGGCCCUGGGCUACUUAGACAUUUCCUCCUGCUACAGCUGAGGAUGGAGCUUCCCCUAGAGCCCAUCAAUGAUGCUCCUCAUCAGCCCGAGGAUGCCUGGCGGAGUGGUGCUCUGGGAUGGGCUCUGCAUUAGGUUUAACAUCUCAUGGACUGAAGAAUGAGACCAAAAUUGGGACUAUUAAUUCCGUCUUUAGUAAGGAGGGAGGGAAGGAUGUCAAUGAACAGUUCCUUGUGUUCUUUCAAGAAAAUGCAGUCUGUUUCUUCCCAGUGGAAAGCUGACAAUAGAAGUCUUGUCUGUUUACUUGAUCAAGUAUUUUUCACAUCUUUUAUCAGAGUACCAUUCCAAUCUCUUCAAUUGCAGUUGUGUGGAAAACUUUUGUAAUGAAAGACCUUUGGGGAAUUGAGCAGCAUUCAAUAAAGUCUUUAUGUUUGUA